UUUCGUGAUCUCUCCACGUCUUUAUACCUACUUCCGCCCACAAGCCACUUCCUUUCCUUUUGGCAGCGCGGAGCGCAAAGAUGGCUGUGCAAAUUUCCAAGAAGAGGAAGUUUGUGGCUGACGGCAUCUUCAAAGCCGAACUGAACGAGUUUCUCACUCGGGAACUGGCUGAGGAUGGCUACUCUGGGGUUGAAGUCCGAGUUACACCAACCAGGACAGAAAUUAUUAUUUUGGCCACCAGGACGCAGAACGUUCUUGGUGAGAAGGGCCGACGGAUCCGGGAAUUAACUGCUGUGGUUCAGAAAAGGUUCGGCUUCCCUGAGGGCAGUGUAGAGCUUUAUGCUGAGAAGGUGGCCACAAGAGGUCUGUGUGCCAUUGCCCAGGCAGAGUCUCUGCGCUACAAACUCUUAGGCGGCCUUGCUGUGCGGAGGGCCUGCUAUGGUGUGCUGCGGUUCAUCAUGGAGAGCGGGGCCAAAGGCUGCGAGGUCGUGGUGUCUGGGAAACUCCGAGGACAGAGGGCUAAGUCCAUGAAGUUUGUCGAUGGCCUGAUGAUCCACAGUGGGGACCCUGUUAACUACUAUGUUGACACUGCCGUGCGCCACGUGCUGCUUAGGCAGGGUGUGCUGGGCAUCAAAGUGAAGAUCAUGCUUCCUUGGGACCCAAGCGGGAAGAUAGGCCCCAAGAAGCCCCUGCCUGACCACGUGAGCAUUGUGGAGCCCAAAGAUGAGAUACUGCCCACCACCCCCAUCUCGGAACAGAAGGGUGGGAAGCCAGAGCCGCCUGCCAUGCCCCAGCCAGUGCCCACGGCGUAACAGAGUCUCGUUGGCGGCUGACUCUGGAGCCUGGAUGUUGCUCUAUAAAGACCUCUAAUAAAAGCUUUUUAAAAGA